AGCGUCCCCUGCACCCCAAGGAGAAGGUCCUGGAGCAGGCUCUGCAGUGGUGCAAACUACCUGAACCCAGUACCGCCUACUUGCUAGUGAGGAAGGUUCCCAUUGGAGAAGGCAGCUGUCUCUUCACAGGUGCCAAGCGCGACAGCCCUAAGUGUGGGGUGCUGAAGUGUCGGGAGGAGCCCCCCAAACUCCUGGGCUGCAAGUUUCAGGAGCGAUACUUCGUCAUCCAGGAUCACAAGCUGCUGCUGCUGAAGGACAAAAGG